CUUGACAUGCUGAGAGAAGUGGACUGGUGAGGGAGAGUGGGCAGCAAAGCACCUUUCAGGAGGAACUGCUGGGAUCAGUUUUAGAGGAACCACCAGGAAUCUGUCUGCUUCAUUCCAAAGGAAUGCAUGCAGAGUGUUCUUGUUCUCCCAGUCUGUAUUCCUGCUAGGGCUGUAUUCCUGCAGAAGAGAAGCCUGAGCCUGAUGCCUAAUAGUGCCACAGCUUCUCCUGCUGUCUUCAGAACUCAGGCUCUACUGCUGGGCACAUUUGCAAGGAGCCUGCAGCAAAAGCCAUGGCUCCCCUACAUCAGAGGAUUUUGAUCAAAGGGGGGAGAGUGGUGAAUGAUGACUACUCGCAGCUGGCUGACGUGUAUGUGGAGGAUGGAAUAGUGCAGGCAGUGGGACCACACCUGCAGCUUGAGGCACCUGCUGGGCUCCUAGUUAUAGAUGCUUGCAACAGACUGGUGCUGCCUGGGGGGAUUGAUACCCACACACACAUGCAGUUCCCCUUCAUGGGCACACAGUCCAAAGAUGACUUCUACCAGGGAACAAAGGCUGCUCUAGCAGGAGGCACCACUAUGAUCAUUGACUUUGCAAUACCUCAGAAAGGCUGUUCCCUUGUUGAAGCCUAUGACACGUGGAGGAGCUGGGCAGAUCCUAAAGUCUGCUGUGAUUACGCACUGCAUGUGGCAGUUACAUGGUGGAGCAGCAAGGUCAAGGAAGAAAUGAGAAUUCUUGCUGAAGACAAAGGGGUCAACUCCUUCAAGAUGUUUAUGGCCUAUAAAGAUCUGUAUAUGAUUGGAAAUAGUGAACUAUAUGCAGCUUUUUCCCAGUGUAAGCAAAUUGGAGCAAUUGCUCAGGUCCAUGCAGAGAAUGGGGAUUUGAUUGCAGAGGGUGCAAAGAAGAUGUUAGCACUGGGGAUAACUGGCCCUGAGGGACAUGAACUGAGUCGUCCCGAAGAGGUGGAAGCAGAAGCCACAAUGAGAGCAAUCACCAUAGCAAACGCCGUGAACUGCCCUCUUUAUGUCGUUCAUGUAAUGAGCAAAUCUGCAGCGAAGGUGAUAGCUAAUGCACGAAGAGAAGGGAAGGUAGUAUACGGGGAGCCUAUUGCUGCUAGUCUUGGUACAGAUGGCACUCACUACUGGCACAAAGAAUGGCAUCACGCCGCAGGAUAUGUCAUGGGACCGCCACUGAGGCCAGACCCUUCAACACCUGAUUUCCUCAUGAACUUACUGGCCAAUGGUGACCUAACUGUGACAGGGACUGACAACUGCACCUUUGACAUCUGCCAGAAAGCUCUGGGGAAGGAUGAUUUCACUAAGAUCCCUAAUGGAGUGAACGGUGUAGAGGACAGGAUGUCUGUCAUAUGGGAAAAAGGAGUGCACAGCGGUGAAAUGGAUGAAAACAGAUUUGUAGCUGUUACCAGCACAAAUGCAGCUAAAAUCUUUAACCUUUACCCGAGAAAGGGAAGAAUUGCUGUGGGUUCUGAUGCUGACAUCAUUAUUUGGGACCCAAAAGCUACAAGGACUAUAUCUGCAAAGACACAUCACCAUGCCAACAAUUUCAAUAUAUUUGAAGGAAUGAUCUGCCAUGGGCUCCCAGUUGUGACAAUUUCAAGAGGCAAAGUGGUGUACAAAGAUGGAGUUUUCAAUGUCACAGCAGGAGACGGAAAAUACAUUACACGUAAACCAUUCCCUGAAUAUGUCUACAAAAGAAUCAAGCAGCGGGAUGAGGUUUGCCAGCCUGUCCCUGUUGAGCGAGCACCAUAUGGAGAAGUGGGCUCAGUCCAGUCCAGCAGGGGAGGAAAAUAGACGUAUCCCUGAAGUGUGGCUCUCCCAGAUAAAACCAGAUGAAAAUGAUCCUGCUUGCCCCAUCUAAGCAAUGCAUUCUGGUGCCCGUCGUGAGCAAGUCCAGCAUCAACUUUUGAAGAGCCAAAAUUUACCAGCUGCCAAAAUAGGCACUACAGAUCUUAAUAUGCUUUAAUGAGUGAAUGUUGUCAUUCUGGUAAUUGCUUUGAAGGAAUUUAGUUAAUUGAACCAAACAUUUAUAACAGAAGAGUAACACAAAAAGCAAAGCUAUGUUAACAUGACAGCUACUCUGCAAAGUCUUAAACUCUGACUGCUGGGAUGGUAUUUCUUCACAUUUUACUUUUUAAAAACAUCAUGUAGUCUAGCAAAAUAAUAAGGCAAUACAUUCCUUUCUAGGGCUUAAACACAAGUUUUCUUUAUUCUUGCCCUAUAAAGCCACCAUAGAUUAAGUCUAAUUAUCUUGCUUCACAUGGUAGAGAGGAGUUGUGUGUUCACAAAUUCACAGAUUAAGGCUCGCAAGGGACCAUUAUAAUUGUCUGGUCUGAGCUUCUGCACAACACAAGCCACAAAUCUCACCCAGUAGCUCCUGAAUCUAGUUCAACAGCUUGUGGUUGAAUUACAGCAUAUCUUUUGGAAAGACACCCAAUCUUGCUAUCAAGUGCUGUAUUUGGUUCCUCCUUCCUGGAAGAAGUUAGAUGCUGCAAGAGAUAAUUCUGAUCUAGUAGUGCUACUUCUGUGCCAAAAGCGGAUGGUGGCCCUCCUGGGGCUCUAUUCCAACCAGUCUGCUCAGGUGCUUCUUUUAUCUCCUCUCCCAGGCUAAUCUAGGUAGUGAGAAAACUGGUGGAGAUCCUACAAAUCUGCCAGCAUUACCCAGCUGCACUAGCUCUGCCCAAUGACACACACUACGCACAGAGAAGCAUGGAUACAGGAUGCAAUAAAAGUUUAAUGGGGCAACUUGGCCCCGAGUAUAUUUGCAAUAACUAGAGCUGAUUUUAAAAAAAGCUUCAAAAUUUAAUUUUUUUGCAAUACUUUCAAUUUUGCAGGGUUUGAAACAGACCUAUUUUUCAAUGUUUUUUUUAAUUCAAAAUCAUUGAGUUUUCUCAUGGACCAAAAACUGGGUUUUUGACAAAGGAAAUGUUAACAAAAGUCAGUGUUUCCUGGAGUCUGUCUCUUUAAAAAUAAAUAAAUAAAUAAACUUCUCAUUUGUUAAAUUUUAGCCUGUUUUUUGGGAGGUAACUAUAUUCCAGAAGGACUAUGUUACUGCUAAUAUCAUGUUUCUAUCAUUGUGUGUGUAUUCUGUUGCUAUGUAAGCAGCCAAAAGCAGGGCCUUUGCUAUGCACCAACCCUGUUUUGUGUGUGGGGUUUUUUUUUUUUAAACUGAAUGUUCCCCUGUAUUGUCCCUUAUUUGACAGCAGUUGCUGGGAAAGCAUGUGCUGCAGAAAGCUUGGGAGAGUGGUGAACCCAGAAAACCUUCUGUCAUGCAUGGAGCCAUUGGGGACCAGUAGAAGCUUUCAUGAGUGCGGGAAGAUUUUUCUCCCCACUCUGCUUCCAUGUAUGGACCGAGCAGGAGCGAAAGUCAGCUCAGAGGCUGAUGGUGUUUGCCUCCCAUCUAUGAAUAAGGCAGCUUUAAUAGAGGUACAAAAGAGGCAUGGUAGGGGCUGUGGUGCUAGAUCUGACAGUUAAGAAUCCUGACUUCUGCUAUAAAAACAGUCCCAGGGUCACUUACUAGCUUGUAUGAAAAUAAGCUCCUGCUAGGCCAAUCAAGUCCUAUGCCUGUGGAUAGCAAUGUAGAGAUCUCUCAGCAGGGUAGUCAAUAGGGACAUUCAGGAGGAACUAAGAUGGAUUCCCACUACUCAGAUUUGUUUUGAGAUGGCAGCGGCAGCAGGGCAGUAUUGCUGAAAUGUUUGUUAUAGCUCUCUUCAUCUCUGAUGAGUGGAAACUUCAAACAUGUGUGGAACCUGCAGAUUCUUGUAGUCUGCCCCACUCUUUGGGUCCUGCUGUCAGUCACAGAGCCACUGUAUUUUCUUUUUGUUAUUUGGGUGGAGUACAGAAGUGUGGAAAGAUGGCCGGGGGGAAUAGGAGAAGCUAAACCUUUGCAUGUAAAAAUAGUAAUUUGCAUUGAUAGGCUGCCUUUCAUCCAAGGCUCUAAAAGCCUCACACCACAUACAUGUGAGGCAGGUAGAUCUCAUUACACUGAUUGUAUGGUUCUGGGAUCUGUGAAUGUUCAACACUUCUGCACAUCAGGCCACUCUCUAAGCUAAUUAAAUAAAGAGUUGAUCUCAAGUUUAAAAGUGUUGGCCUCGGUGACUUGCCCAAGGUGACAGUCAAACAGCGACUCUGUGAUAAUCAAAACUAGAACCUGGGAGUCAAGACUGUCAGUCAGCUGGAUAGCAUAAGUAUGCCCAGAAUUUUCAAACGUUCUUUGGGCUCAGGAGUUGUCUGAGGGUGGCCCUGCUGAGUUCAGAAGGCUGCAGAUCAUUACAGGAAUUGUUAGUGAUUUUUCCAAAAACAGAUGUUUUCACAGUGUGACACAGACAGUAGCUUUAUGAGUUAUAUAAAAAAUGUAUG